UUUAUUGCUAACUCGUUAUUUAUUAAAAAUAUUGUCAUUUUUAGCUUGUCACAAUUUUUUAUUGCCAAUGUAAAUAGGCUUGCUCAGAAGAAUGUACAAAAUAUAUGUCUAUUAACUUUUGCAGAUGGGCUUGUAAAUUUAUUAUUCACUAAGCCCAAUGAGUUGGACAGUAGAAACUGUGAUAUUUAUCCUAAUUGUAGUCUCAUAAAUGAAAAAUUGUUAGAUCACUUUACUGAUUAUAGUGCUACUGGAAGAGACUUAUCAUCAAAAAUGAAAGAUAAAGCUAUUUGCCACAUAAUUAUUUUGAUGCUCUUAAUUAAUAUGAAUACUAUAAAUCUUAGUUGGAUAUCAACUUUUCUGCCUUCAAAAUGUCAAAAAAGGUUAAUAACAUUAAUGAGAGUUGUUGGUGCAAUGGCAACAAAAGAAGAUAAAACUAAGUUCACACUAAAAAUACCUUUAUCAUCUCUUCCAACUUUUCAAAAAACAUCUAAACGAAAACGUUAAUUUAGUACAUAUUUUAUGUAUAUUUUAAUUAAAUGGACAAUGGAAUGCUUAUAUUUUUUAUUUUUAUCAAAACUAUUUUUCCAAUUUCUUAUAGAUAUUUGUAAUAUUUAAAAUAUAUUUGUUUUCUCUUAUA